GGCUAGUGGGUUAAACAGACCCCAAACGUGGAACCUUCAGCCACAGAAAACGAGCCUAUGUCUUAAAGGCAUAUUCGUUCCUCUGGGAGUUGUAGUUUUGCUGGGCAACGGAGCCACCUUCUCGCCUCACCUCCCAUCUAGAUCUGAAGACUCGCUUUAGGAAAGCGCUGCCCUAACCAGAUUUGCGUACCUGUGCAACAAAUAGUUCGGGGUUAAUUUUUUGGGGAAGAACAAGCCAGCACCGGCGGAAGGACGAAACUACAUUUCCCAGGGUGCGCCGCGAAGGAACGAGCAGCCACGCCUUAAAGAGCCCACUGCGUCCGACAGAGGCGGAUACCUCGGCCCGCGCUGGUCCCGGCCUCGCACACCCCAGUGAUCCCACAGUUUUUCGGCCCACGCUCUCGGAUCGGGAACCCCCUCAAGUUUGGCCAGAAUGACGCAGCCGAAGGGGGUUGAUUGGACGGUCAUCAUCCUGACGUGCCAGUACAAGGAUAAUGUCCAGGUCUUCCAGAGAGAGCUGGAGGUGCGGCAGAAGCGGGAGCAGAUCCCGGCCGGGACACUGUUACUGGCUGUGGAGGACCCUGAGAUGCGCGUGGGCAGUGGAGGAGCCACCCUCAAUGCUCUGCUGGUGGCUGCGGAACACCUGAGUGCCCGGGCAGGCUUCACCGUGGUGACAUCUGAUGUCCUGCACUCGGCCCGGAUCCUUAUCCUGCACAUGGGCCGAGACUUCCCUUUUGACGACUGUGGCAGGGCCUUCACCUGCCUCCCUGUGGAGAACCCCCAGGCUCCUGUGGAGGCUGUGGUCUGCAACCUGGACUGCUUGCUGGACACCAUGAGCCAUCGGCUGGGCCCAGGCUCCCCACCGGGUGUGUGGGUUUGCAGCACCGACAUGCUCCUGUCUGUUCCUCCAAACCCAGGGAUCAGCUGGGACAACUUCCGGGGAGCAAAAGUGAUUGCCCUUCCAGGGAACCCGGCCUAUGCCCGGAACCAUGGCGUUUACCUCACUGACUCCCAGGGCUUCGUUUUGGACAUUUACUACCAGGGCACCGAGGCAGAGAUACAACGAUGUGCCAGGCCGGAUGGGCGGGUGCCACUGGUCUCAGGGAUCGCCUUCUUCUCUGUGGAGACUGCUGAGCACCUCCUGGCUACCCAUGUGAGCCCGCCCUUGGAUGCCUGCACCUACAUGGGCUUAGACUCUGGAGCCCGGCCUGUCCAGCUAUCUCUCUUUUUCGACAUCCUGCUCUGCAUGGCCCGGAACGUGAACAGGGAGGACUUCCUGGUGGGGCAGCCUCCAGAGAUGGGCCAAGGUGACAUGGACAUCGGAACUUACCUGCAGGGUGCCCGGGCUGAACUGUGGAGGGAGCUUCGUGACCAGCCCCUCACCAUGGCUUAUGUCCCUGAUGGCAGCUACAGCUACAUGACCAGCUCGGCCAGUGAGUUCUUACACAGCCUCACAUUCCCAGGGGCUCCCAGGGCCCAGGUAGUGCACUCCCAGGUGGAGGAGCCACAGCUCCUGGGUGCCAAGAGCUCCGUGGUCAGCUGCCUGCUGGAAGGCCCUGUCCAACUGGGUCCUGGGAGUGUCCUGCAGCACUGCCAUCUUCAGGGCCCUGUUCAUAUCGGCACUGGCUGCUUGGUGAGUGGCCUGGACACGGCCCAGUGCAAGGCACUGCACGGCUUGGAGCUGCAUGACCUCAUCCUGCAGGGACACCACGUGCGGCUGCACGGCGCCCCCAGCCGUGUCUUCACCCUCGUUGGCCGUCUGGACAGCUGGGAGAGACAGGGGACAGGAACAUAUCUUAACAUGUCCUGGAGUGAAUUCUUCCAGAAGACAGGCGUUCGAGACUGGGAUCUGUGGGACCCAGACACGCCCCCUGCGGAACGUUGCCUUCUUAGUGCCCGCCUCUUUCCCGUGCUCCACCCCUUGAGGGCCCUGGGACCCCGGGACAUGCUGUGGAUGCUGGACCCCCAGGAGGAUAGGGGCAAGGCCCUGCGGGCCUGGCGAGCCUGCUGGCGUCUGUCCUGGGAGCAGCUGCAGCCGUGCCUGGACCGGGCUGCCACACUGGCCUCCCGCCGGGACCUGUUCUUCCGCCAGGCCCUGCAUAAGGCGAGGCGUGUGCUGGAGGCUCGGCAGGACCUCAGCCUGUGCCCACUGAUCCGGGCCGCUGUCCGAGAGGGCUGUCCUGGGCCCCUGCUGGCCACGCUGGACCAGGUUGCAGCCGGUGCGGAAGACCCUGGGGUGGCGGCCCGGGCUCUCGCCUGUGUGGCGGAUGUACUGGGCUGCAUGGCAGAGGGCCAGGGAGGCUUACGGAGUGGUCCAGCCGCCAAUCCCGAGUGGAUGCAGCCCUUCUCAUAUCUGGAGUGUGGAGACCUGGCGGCCGGCGUGCAGGCACUUGCCCAGGAGCGGGACAAGUGGCUGAGCAGGCCAGCGUUGCUAGUGCGAGCUGCCCGCCACUACGAGGGAGCUGGGCAGAUUCUGAUCCGCCAGGCUGUGAUGUCAGCCCAGCACUUUGUCUCCAUGGAGCCAGUGGAGCCGCCAGCACCUGGGCGGUGGGUGGUGGCUGAGUGCCCUGCUCGCGUGGAUUUCUCCGGUGGCUGGAGUGACACGCCACCCCUUGCCUAUGAGCUUGGUGGGGCAGUGCUGGGUCUGGCUGUGCGAGUGGAUGGCCGCCGGCCCAUUGGGGCCAGGGCACGCCGCAUCCCAGAGCCUGAGCUGUGGCUGGCAGUGGGGCCUCAGCAGGACAAGAUGACCAUGAAGACAGUGUGCCGGAACCUAGAUGACCUGCAGGAUUACUGCCAGCCCCAUGCCCCAGGGGCUCUGCUGAAGGCAACCUUCAUCUGUGCGGGGAUCGUGCAUGUUGGCUCCAAGCUUUCCCUGAGAGAGCAGCUGCUGCACACCUUUGGGGGUGGCUUCGAGCUGCAUACCUGGUCUGAGCUGCCCCAUGGCUCUGGUCUCGGCACUAGCAGCAUCCUGGCAGGCGCAGCCCUGGCUGCCUUGCAGAGGGCCGCGGGCCGAGUAGUGGGCACAGAGGCCCUGAUCCAUGCAGUGCUGCACCUGGAACAGGUGCUCACCACAGGAGGUGGCUGGCAGGACCAAGUGGGUGGCCUCGUGCCUGGCAUCAAGGUGGGGCGCUCCCGGGCUCAGCUGCCACUGAAGGUGGAGGUGGAAGAGAUCACUGUGCCUGAGGGCUUCCUCCGGAAGCUCAAUGACCACCUGCUCCUGGUAUACACUGGCAAGACACGCCUGGCCCGGAAUCUGCUGCAGGAUGUGCUGAGGAGCUGGUAUGCCCGGCUGCCUGCCGUCGUGCAGAAUGCCCACAGCCUGGUGCGGCACACCGAGGAGUGUGCAAAAGCCUUCCGCCAAGGGAGCCUGCCUCUGCUGGGCCAGUGCCUGACCACUUACUGGGAGCAAAAGAAGCUCAUGGCUCCAGGCUGUGAGCCCCUGGCUGUGCGGCGUAUGAUGGAUGUCCUGGCCCCUCACGUGCAUGGCCAGAGCCUGGCAGGGGCAGGUGGUGGAGGCUUUCUGUAUCUGUUGACCAAGGAGCCGCAGCAAAAGGAGGCUCUGGAGGCUGUGCUGGCCAAGACUGAGGGCCUCGGGAACUACAGCGUCCACCUGGUAGAAGUGGACACUCAGGGCCUAAGCCUGCAGCUGCUGGGGAGUGAGACCUCAACCUGAUGCCCCUUCCCAGGUUUGUCCUUCUGUAAGAGGAGAAAACCUGGAGCUGCAGCAGCCUCUCCCUUCUUUCCUCCAUAGGAAGGUCAGCCUCUAUGCCCACCCCUUUGUGAACCUUCUCCCAAAGGAAAACAGCCAACGUGAGCUUGGGCCCAGCCCUUUCUGGAGUUUGGUGAAACUGGUGGUGCCUGGGAAUAGGACUGUACCUCCUGGUUGACUGUGGCCUAGGCUUGUCCUCUGGACAUAGGAAAAGUCUCAAGCAUAGUGUCCAAUGUGGCCUUUAAAAAUCCAUAGCCAGCCUUGGCCUUCUCGCUCUCCAUGAGGAGAAGGGAGGGAAAAGGAGGACAUGGGAAAAGGAGGACAACCAGCUUUAGCACAUGGCUGGGGUCCCCUGGUAAGGCCAAUCCUGAAGAGGCUCUUUGAGGCAUUUCCUGUGGCCUUCCUUGGAGGUCUGGCUUCUGCCUGAGAAGAGACUUCCUGUUCCACACUCACUCCCAGGCUGAUUUGAUGGGGGAGUGGGAACAGGAGUGGGGGUCUCUACUCUUGUUUGCGGUCAUGAGCCAGUGCAAGUCACUGCUAAUAGAGGCCUUAACUAUUAACACUAUGGACUAUGCCACAUGACCCAGUGUCUAUGGACAUUUGAUUUCCAAAAUUACAACCUUCUUGGAAUAAAUUCACUCUGUCCUUCAA